GAUGUUCCAAAAAUUUAAGAAUAUAAAAUUAUCAAGUGGACCACACCACAGUAAACAGUGUAAAUUGAACGCCUACCACCGUUGAAAACUUCUCGGGGGCCACAGAAAUUUUGAAUCAAGCUUAUAUUUGUGUUCUCCCUUCCUAUAUCUCUGUGUGACCUUAUGAAAAGGUUAGGAUUGCAAAUAAACAUCACUGCUAGUCCUAGCAAAGUUUCAACGGUGGAAAUCAUCAUCCUCACUGUUUCAUGUGGUGUGGUCCACUCUAGCUUUGGAUAUUCCUAUAUUUUAGCCUCAUACCCUAAAAUGAUCUGGAAAAACGGAUGGACGGCGUGGAUAAGAUACAUAAAUCCAUUGUGGACCCCACAGAGUUUACUCGGUUCGCUGUAUGCAAUCAGCCUCCCUGCUUCUGUCUAUCCAUCCUCAUCCGACUAUGUAUUGCCGCUGGCCUGCUACUCUCUUCAGUCUCUCUCAGUCUCUGCAACAUGAGCCUCCGUCUCUCUCUCGAUCGAGCGCUUCCGUUCUCUUCCAAUUCCGUUCUCCAAAACCCUAGCAGAGGAAAAAACCAGUCCGGGAUUUCUCGAUUUUCCUCUCAUUUCUGUAAAUCUUCAAACGGAAAAUGCUCGGAGCCUCUCCAUCCAUCGCGUCUCUGCAGGAACUUUCUUCAGUGGCAACCCUCGGAUCUCCUUCUUCCAUCUUCUCCUAGGGUUUCUCGAACCGCCGCUCGAUCUGUCCCGAUUGAUUCUUCGUUCUCGCCCGAGGAUGGCGGGAUCGGAUCCCGGCCGUCGGAUUUCUUCGAGUUCAUCACUUCGGAGCGGGUGAAGGUCGUCUCGAUGCUCGGGCUGGCGCUGGCGCUCUGCAACGCGGAUCGGGUGGUCAUGUCUGUGGCUAUUGUUCCGCUGUCAGCUGCUCAUGGAUGGAGUAGAUCGUUUGCCGGCGUCGUUCAGUCAUCUUUCCUCUGGGGAUAUCUAAUGUCUCCAAUAGUUGGGGGUGUGCUGGUGGAUUACUAUGGUGGUAAGCUAGUCAUGGCAUGGGGUGUGGCGCUAUGGUCAGUAGCCACUUUUCUUACACCUUGGGCUGCAGAAAAUUCUCUAUGUGCUCUACUUGCCAUGAGAGUUCUGCUUGGUAUUGCAGAGGGCGUGGCACUUCCUAGCAUGAACAACAUGGUAUCAAGAUGGUUUCCUCGAACGGAACGAUCCAGAGCUGUUGGAAUUGCAAUGGCUGGAUUUAACCUUGGGAGUGCAAUUGGACUUCUACUUUCUCCUAUCAUCAUGGCACAGGCUGGAAUAUUUGGACCAUUUGUAAUAUUUGGAUUGUCUGGAUUUCUCUGGGUUUUGGUAUGGCUUUCUGCAACAUCGAGUACACCAGACCGUCAUCCUCAAAUAUCAAAGUAUGAGUUGGACUAUAUUCUAAGUGAGAGAAAGAAGCCGUUAAUGCCAACCACAAGCAAGAAACCAGAGAGAACCAGAGUACUCCCCCCCUUCAGGCUUCUCCUUUCUAAGAUGCCUACGUGGGCCCUAAUUUCUGCGAAUGCUAUGCACAGCUGGGGAUACUUCGUUAUUCUUUCAUGGAUGCCCAUUUACUUCAACAUGAUGUAUCGGGUGGACCUCAGAAGGGCAGCAUGGUUCAGUGCAGUUCCCUGGGCUAUGAUGGCAGUUUUAGGAUAUGUUGCAGGCGUUGCUUCCGACAUGUUGAUUAGGAAGGGUUCAAGUGUUACAUUCACCCGCAAAGUCAUGCAGUCAAUUGGAUUUCUCGGUCCAGGAUUUGCUCUUCUCGGUCUAAAUGCAGCAACAAACCCAUCCAUUGCAUCUGCUUGGCUUACAGUCGCUGUUGGUUUGAGCUCUUUCAGCCAUGCCGGUUUCCUCGUGAACCUCCAGGAGAUUGCUCCACAGUACGCCGGUGUUAUACAUGGGAUGUCAAAUACUGCUGGAACAUUGUCUGCCAUCAUGGGAACCAUUGGAGCGGGUUUUUUUGUUGAGCGGAUGGGCUCUUUUCGUGGAUAUUUAAUGUUUACAGCGCUUCUAUAUUUCAUCAGUGCUCUAUUCUGGAACAUCUUUGCCACAGGUGAGCGGGUUAACUUUGAUGAAAGUGGUCAGUAACCUUGCUGAACUAAUGUUUGUACGAUCUCAACUUUUGUGCAUUGUGUUCAUAAGAUAGAGACUCUACUUAACGUGAAUACAUGAUAGAAAUACAACGAUUGCACAUAAAUCUAACCAAAAAAAAAAACCAAUAUAGAUUGAACUGUUUCUGUUGUAGAAAUCUAAGUUUAUCACUAUAA